AUGCCUGCUUUGCAAAUAACAACUAAUGAACAAUUCACCCAGCUAACUGAGGCAUCUUCUCCUCCAGAUAAUAAGUUAAUAGUAUUAUAUUUUUAUACUAAAUGGGCUGAGCCAUGCCAUUCCACAAAUGAGCUGUUUGAUGCAUUGAAUGAUGAAUUCCGUAAUGAAAACGCCCUGUUCUUAGCCAUCGAUGCUGAUAUAAAUAACGACAUUAUAAGCAAUUUAAACGUUUCUAUUGUACCCUAUUUUAUAUUUAUUCAAAAUGGGAAACUCUUAGAACAAUUAUCUGGCGAAGAUCCAAAAAAAUUCGUCCAAAUAUUAGAUCAAUACCUUUGUAUAUCAAGCACACUAUCGUUAUCAAAUUUAUCCCUAUCAAAUAAUAACAAUAACAUCUAUGAAUACGAUUCUGAUAAUAGUGCUGAUAGCAACAAUAGUAAAUAUACCAUAGACAGUGAUUAUACAUCUGAAGAUGAUAUAAAACAUACGAAGCAUUUCCAUAACCAUAUGCAUCACGUUGAUACGCAGCAUUUGAUGAAUGAAGAUGAGUUCAACCUGAAAUUAUCAAAAUUAGUUCAAGCUGCCCCCGUGAUGCUUUUCUUGAAAGGUACUCCAUCAGAACCCAAAUGUGGAUAUUCAAGACAAAUGGUGAAAAUAUUAAGAGCAAAUAAAAUAAGAUUCGGAUUCUUUAAUGUAUUAAGUGAUAAUAACGUUAGAAUUAAUAUGAAGAAAUUCUCAGAUUGGCCAACUUUCCCACAAUUAUAUAUUAAUGGUGAAUUCCAAGGUGGAUUAGAUAUCAUAAAGGAAACUUUAUUGGAUGACCCAGAUUAUUUUUUUCAUACUUUACAAAGUUCUCCAACUGGUGGUGGAACCAUCAAUCCCCAAAUUCCAUCAUCUUUGUAA